AUGCAGCUGGCUGGCGAGGACGUCUUCCUGGGUGCCGAUGAUGUUCCUCGGCCCACGGAGGAGAUGAUGGAUGACCUGGAGGAGCAAUCUUGGCAGGGAUGGAGCACGAAGGGCCAGGAAAGGGGAGAAGGAAAAGAGAAAGGCCAGGAAAAGGGCAAAGGAAAAGACCAGGAAAGCACCGAGAAGGACCACAAGGGAAAGGGAAAAGCGAAAGGCCAGGAAAAAGGAAAGGAGAAGGGCCAGGAAAAGGGCGAAGGAAAAGGCCAGGAAAGUACCGAGAAGGGCCAGGAGAAGGGAAAAGGAAAGGUGAAAGGCCAGGACAAGGGCAAGGGGAAAGGCCAGGAAAGCACCGAGAAGGGCCCAGAAAAGGGUAAAGGACAGGAGAAAGGCCAGGAAAAGGGCAAAGGGAAAGCCCCGGAGAGCCCCGAGAAGGGCCAGGAGAAGGGAAAAGGAAAGGAAAAGGGCCAGGAAAAGGGCCAGGAAAAGGGCAAAGGGAAAGGCAAGGAAAGCACCGAGAAGGGCCAGGAAAGCACCGAGAAGGGCCAGGAAAAGGGAAAAGGAAAGGUGAAAGGCCAGGAAAACACCGAGAAAGGCCAAGAGAAGGGGAAAGGAAAGGAGAAAAGCCAAGACAAGGGCAAAGGGAAAGGCCAGGAGAGCACCGAGAAGGGCCAGGAGAAGGGAAAAGGAAAGGACAAGGGCCAGGAAAAGGGCAAAGGAAAAGGGCAGGAAAGCACCGAGAAGGGCCAGGAGAAGGGAAAAGGAAAGGAAAAGGGCCAGGAAAAGGGCAAAGAGAAAGGCCAGGAAAGCACCGAGAAGGGCCAGGAGAAGGGAAAAGGAAAAGAAAAGGGCCAGGAAAAGGGCAAAAAGAAAGGCCAGGAAAGCACCGAGAAGGGUCAGGAAAAGGGAAAAGGAAAGGUGAAAGGCCAGGAAAGCACCGAGAAGGGCCAAGAGAAGGGGAAAGGAAAGGAGAAAGGCCAAGACAAGGGCAAAGGGAAAACUCAGGAGAGCACCGAGAAGGGCCAGGAGAAGGGAAAAGGAAAGGAAAAGGGCCAGGAGAAGGGCAAAGGAAAACCCCAGGAGAGCCCCGAGAAGGGCCACGAGAAGGGAAAAGGAAAGGAAAAAGGCCAGGAAAAGGGCAAAGGGAAAGCCCAGGAGAGCACCGAGAAGGGCCAGGAGAAGGGAAAAAGACAGGAAAAAGGCCAGGAAAAGGGCAAAGGGAAAGCCCAGGAGAGCACCGAGAAGGGCCAGGAGAAGGGAAAAGGACAGGAAAAAGGCCAGGAAAAGGGCAAAGGGAAAGCCCAGGAGAGCACCGAGAAGGGCCAGGAGAAGGGAAAAGGACAGGUGAAAGGCCAGGAGAAGGGCAAAGGGAAAGGCCAGGAGAGCACCGAGAAGGGCCAGGAGAAGGGAAAAGGAGAGGAAAAAGGCCAGGAAAAGGGCAAAAGGAAAGCCCAGGAGAGCACCGAGAAGGGCCAGGAAAAGGGGAACGGAAAAGAGAAAGGCCAGGACAAGGGCAAGGGGAAAGGCCAGGAAAGCACCGAGAAGGGUGGUAAGUUUGGCUUGGUCACUAGACAGGGCAUGGAAGAUCUGUUCGGUUCCAGAGACAACAAUGAUCAGUGGUGGGGUCCCCAGGAAAGUGGCCCGUCAAGCUCCUCCUGGGAAGGUCGUGCUGUUGCACCGGAAAAGAGAACCUGGGAAGAUGCGAGCCAGUCGAAAGGCCUGCCAGAUCAGUGGGAGGAUCCCCAGUCAAAGAAGCCACGCCGCAGCUUCACGCGGCAGUCCUGGGCCAGUGAUGUUACGGAAGAGAGCCAGGACCAGGUUCGAAAGCUGACAGAGGAACAAAGGGCUCAGAUUGAAGCUCUGGAGAAACCCGAGGACAUCGACCUGGCCGAACGGAAACGCCUCAACGAGGGCCUUCGCCGGCGAAUGAACAGUGCCAAGGGCCAGCCUGUGAGACUACGCAAGGGUCUGGUUGAACAAUGGCAGGCGGCAGUGUCGCCAACGGAGAAGUUUCAAUUCUUGAAGGCAUAUCUUCUCGACCGGGACAUGCCCUCCAUCGAGAUUCAGCCGUACUUCGAGGAGCCACUGGUCUGGUCCUAUAGUUCGAACAUCUCCAGAGUGGGUUCCAAAACGCGGGCCAAGGUCCAGCCUUCGCAGAACCGACAGGAGCGGCAAGCCCUCGCAGACACGCUAGAGAAGAAGAUCGCCGGGAUGAAGACUGGCACGGCCGAGUCAAAGAAAGCAGGGAACAAAGCGAAGUCGAAGAAGGAACUGACAGCCGACGAGAAACUGAAGAAGGAUUUCCAAAAGGAUCACCUGGGGAUUCGUAAUAUGGCCGACAAAGCUGUGCACAUCGCAUCGGAGAUCAGCUCCUGUGGGCUUCUCCACCAAGAGAAAAUGGUGGAAAGCUUGGGGAAAGUCAACACGACGUGCACCAAGAUCUACAAUGAGAUUCAGCAGAUGGUGUUCUCGUGCAAGCCGGUGAACGAAUGCUAUGAAAUACUCGAUGGAUACAAAGUGGAGCUGGAGGAAUGCCAGAAGAAGAUCACCAACGGCGAGGACAUUGUGGAUUCGCACAAGAGACGCCUGGCUACGGAAAAGAGAAAAAGGGAAAAAGAAGAGAAGAAAGAAAAGCAAAAGCAUGAUGAUGACGACAGGGAUGAUGGAUAUGAUGCAGAUGAAAAAGAUGCCGCCGAAGCCGCCGCAGAGGAAGAAUGGCCGGAGGAGGAUCCUGAACCGCCUGCAAAACGCAGGUAA